AUGGCUCAGAAAGUGUGGGUCAGCAUGCUCUUCCACAACCGCAAAGCCCAGCUCCUGCUGGUCAACUCCCUGACGUUCGGCCUGGAGGUCUGCCUGGCUGCUGGGAUCACCUACGUGCCACCGCUCUUGCUGGAAGUGGGUGUGGAGGAGAAGUUCAUGACCAUGGUUUUGGGGAUCGGGCCUGUCCUGGGCCUUGUCUUUGUACCGCUGAUUGGCUCCGCCAGCGACCACUGGCGCAGCAGCUAUGGCCGGCGGCGGCCCUUCAUCUGGGUCUUGUGCCUGGGAGUCCUGCUGAGCCUCUUCAUCAUCCCCCAUGCCAGCCGCCUGGCAGGCCUCUUUGCCCUCAAUGCUCACCCCCUGGAGAUUGCCUUCCUCAUCCUGGGCAUUGGCUUGCUGGACUUCUGCGGCCAGGUCUGCUUCACUCCCCUAGAGGCCUUGCUCUCGGACCUCUUCCAGGAGCCUGACAACUGCCGGCAGGCUUUCUCCAUGUACGCCUUCAUGAUCAGCCUGGGUGGCUGCGUCGGCUAUCUGCUUCCAGCCAUCGACUGGGCCGGUAGCUUCCUGGCCCCUUACCUGGGGGGGCAGGAGAAGUGCCUCUUCAGCCUCCUCACCAUCAUCUUCCUGGGCUGCGUCCUGGCCACCCUCUUUGUGACGGAGGAAGCAGUGGGGCAGGUGGACGCUCUGGCAGGCCCCGCGCUGAAGGACUCUUCCCCCAAGCCCUCGUCCCCCAGCUGCUGCUCGUGCCAGGUAUCCAAGAGCCUCUUGCGAGCCAGGCAUGUGGUCCAGGCCUUGAGGAACCUCUGCGCGUUGGUCCCACGGCUGCAUGGCCUCUGCUGCCGCAUCCCCAAGGUGAUCCGGCGGCUCUUUGUGGCCGAGCUGUGCAGCUGGAUGGCCCUCAUGACUUUCAUGCUGUUCUACACGGACUUUGUUGGCGAAGGGCUGUACCAGGGUGUUCCCAGGGCCGAGCCGGGAACAGAAGCCAGACGUCACUAUGAAGAAGGCGUCCGCAUGGGCAGCCUGGGCCUGUUCCUCCAAUGCGUCAUCUCCAUCUUCUUCUCGACAAUCAUGGACCGGCUGGUGAAGCAGUUUGGGACCCGGGCGGUCUACCUGGCCAGCGUGGCAUUCUUCCCCCUGGCUCCUUUCGUCAUAUGCUUCUCCCAGAGCGUCCUCAUCGUUACUGUCUCGGCCGCCCUGACAGGCUUCACCUUCUCGGCGCUCCAGAUCCUGCCGUACACGCUGGCGUCGCUGUAUCACCAUGACAAGCAGGUAUUUUUGCAUAAGUACAAAAGCAAAGAAAAGGAAGAUGCUGCUCAGCUGGACAAGAAAUCAGGCUUCCCCAAAGGCCCCCUCUCCAGCCAGAAGCUGACCUACCAGAACGGCCAUGCUGGGGGCCUCUUCUCCUCCUCUCCUCCAGCUGCCAGCUCGGCCCUGUGCGUCGGCUCCCCCUGCGAGGUCUCGCUCAUGAUGAGAGUGGGAGACUCAGACCCUGCAGCGCCCGGUCGAGGGAUCUGCCUGGACCUGGCUAUUUUAGACAGCGCUUUCCUCCUUUCUCAGGUGGUCCCGUCCCUCGUCAUGGGGUCGAUCGUCCAGUUUACACAGUCGGUGACUGCCUACAUGGUGUUCGCCACUGGCCUCGGGUUGGUGGCUAUUUACUUUGCAACCAAAGUCGUCUUUGAUAAAAGCGAUAUGGCCAAGUAUUCGGUGUAA